GCUACGCAAGUCCUGACACUUUCCAGAGAUUGCAUUCAGCCUUCUGUCAUUUAACACAGGCUGGUUCUUAAUGCAGGUGUCGUAUGGCCAAUCUUAAUUCAGAUAUUUCAGUAACCUGAGUGAAUGGAGGACAGGAAGGUGGCGCAGUGAAGUGAAACCAGCCCAGGCUUUUCAGGGGAAAAGGAAGAUACAGCACGCUGGCUUUUGUUUGGAGGGAAGCAGAGCUCUGCUGAGAUCUGAUUUCAGCGUGUUCAACAUGAUGGAGCACUACCGUUGCUUCAUACAACUGAGAGAAUACAGUAAUGGGGCCAGCACUCUGCUAAAGAGCCUGAAAAAAGUUGACCGGACAUGACAACACUUAGUAGUUGGAGGUACAGAAAGAGAAGACGGACAAAAAGAGACAGUUAAAAGUUGGGAAAAUUAGGAAACUAAGAGUGAAGUAAGAUCCUGAAGAUACAUGCAACUUAUGUUCAAAGAUCAGUAGAUUUAAGCGAGAGUCAUAAUGUUCAUGAACUUUCGGCGAAUCCACAAGUGGCAAUUUGUGCAGCUGCUGACCACCGCCAUGGUGCUUUGUGUAAUGAUGGUCUGCUGGGAGGAGCUGGACCAUCGAGUUGUAAGCCACAUGAGAUCUUUUUCAUACCGUUACCUGAUCAACAGAUACGACUUCCUAAAUUCCACCUUCGCCAUCUCCUAUAAUCAUCACCACAGGAAGGAUGGCUCCGGCAGUGUGGGGGGUCAUUCAGUGAAUUAUCCAUACCUGAUCAACCACCCCAACAAAUGUAGAGUUGCAAAUGGGAAGGAUUGGGAUGAUGUCCUCUUGCUUCUGUUUGUGAAAUCCUCACCAGAGAACUUUGAGCGGCGCCAGGCCAUCAGGGAAACAUGGGGUAAUGAGAGCUUUGUCUGGUCAGAGCUGGGUGUGAGUGUGACAUUUCUGUUUGCAAUGGGUGUUUAUUUAGAUGCUGCUCAGCGGCCCCGAGUCCAAAAUGCCCUGCAGCAGGAAGACAAGGCCUAUGGAGACCUGAUACAGCAGAAUUUUGAGGAUACGUUUCAUAACCUGACGACCAAAUUGAUCAUGCAGUUCCAAUGGAGACACAUGUACUGCUCACAGGCGCGCUUUUUCAUGACAGCAGACGAUGAUAUUUUUGUUCAUAUGCCAAACUUGGUGAAGUACUUGCAGCAUCUUCUGGGUAGCCAAUCAGGUGCAAAGGACCUAUGGGUGGGACACGUUUACAAAGGAGCUCCUCCAGUUCGUCAGAAAGGCAACAAAUAUUUUGUCCCCUACAAAUUGUACCCCUGGCCUUCGUACCCAGACUAUACAGCAGGUGCAGGGUAUGUGGUUUCAGGGGACGUGGCUGCAAAGAUCUACCAGGCCACCCUGGUGCUGAAUUCUUCCAUGUACAUUGACGAUGUCUUUAUGGGAAUGUGUGCUAAGGCCAUGGGGGUGUCUCCCCUGGCACAUGUAUACUUUUCAGGGGAGGGGAAGGCUCCGUAUCACACCUGCAUAUACGACCACAUGAUUACAUCACAUGGUCACUCCGCAGAUGUGCGCUUCCUGUGGCGAGCAGCAAUAGACUUUACUGCAUCCAGCAGCUCCAGAGGGUUUCUGGGUAACCUGUACUGCACAGCAGUUAGGGUAAUGCUUCUGUGUAGGCCCUAUUACCAAAACACCUACUCAUGUGCAGCUGCUUUUAAAUAAAUGAUCUCUGAGGGACUACUCAACGUUUUAUUUAGCAUAAGACAAAAAUAGUGCCUCUUAGUGUUAUAUUGUUUGUGCUGGCUGUGUUGUCUUUAUGAAUACAUGCAGUUAAGACAAAAGCUUUUCUGUGCAUACAAACAAAAGCUGCUUUUGAGUCAUAAGAAACAUCAGCUUUGAAUUUGUUUAACUUGUUUGACAAGCUUUAAUGCCUUGAGGUGUCUUAGUGAAAACACUUCUUACACAUUAGCUACUGCUGGGUUUUAGCUCUACUUUCAUAGCCAAUCAAACCAAUCUUUCACCAGUCUUGCUGUGUGUAUUGGUGCAUUGUCAUCCUGAUACACGGCACUGCCUUCAGGAUACAAUGUUUGAACCAUUGGAUGCACAUGGUCCUCAAGAAUGGU